UCAGUUGUUCUUCUGAAGUGCAUCGGUGAGGUACGUUAGUUCGUGGCGGUGAGGUGUUUCAGAUUAGAAAAUAUAAUUAAUCAUUCGUGAUUCUAAAAUACGGUGACAGAAACUUCACUUCUUACAACCAGAUGGACCUGACUGACGCGUGAUUGGUGCUUUAUAAGUUUCUGCAUAUUUACUGUCGAAAUGAUUUGCUGCGUCAUUGGACAUUUCGUCUCCUGACAAGAAAAAGAACAAGGAAUGAGAUGAAGUGGCUUCUAUAUCGACACUGACCAGCUGACAGAUGGCGGUGGCAACAGGCACUGGGUGCCGAACCUGGCUAGCGGUGGUGCUCGUAUCAGCCACGGUCCGCUUGGGCACCACCGGACUUCUAGGGGACUGGGGGCGUUCCGAUCGCCUGCAAGUGAACAUCCCGUGGCUCCCUUUUGAGAAUGAGACCCGGUGUUAUGAAGAGCUGGGAUGUCUAAAUGUCACAAGGGAGUGGUACCACUUAAUAUAUCGCCCAUUUAAUGUGUUCCCUCUGCCAAGAGAAGUCAUUGAUGCAAGAUUUGUACUCUACACAAGGAGAAAUCCCACAGAAGGUCAAGUAUUAAGGGUGCAGAAUGACCAGACGAUCUGCAAAUCUAACUUUGAUCCCAAGAAAGAAACCAAAAUCUUAAUCCAUGGAUUUAUUGACACACCACUCAGCAAUUGGGUGAAGGAGAUGCGUAAGGAACUUAUUAAACACGCAGACUGGAACAUUGUGGUAGUAGACUGGGCUGGUGGUUCCUUGCCCUUGUACACUCAGGCGACAGCAAACACGAGACUUGUUGGUCUUGAACUAGCGUACUUCAUCAACUAUCUACAGGCAAACUUUGGUCUGGACCCAGCAGAUGUACAUAUGAUAGGUCACAGCCUUGGAGCCCAUACAGCAGGUUACGCGGGUGAGCGCAUAGCAGGCCUGGGACGCAUAACAGGACUGGACCCUGCAGAACCAUUAAAAAAGUCAUUUGUACGUCUGGACCCCACAGAUGCAAAACUUGUUGAUGUUAUUCACACUGAUGGAAAGUCAAUUUUCCUUCUAGGUUAUGGAAUGCGGCAGCCAUGCGGCCACGUUGACUUCUAUCCAAAUAAUGGCAAGGAACAACCUGGUUGCGACUUGACUGAAACUCCGUUGCCACUCACGUUGAUACGUGAUGGCAUCGAGGAGGCUAGUAGAGUACUCGUCGCUUGUAAUCACAUCCGAGCCAUCAAACUCUUCAUCGACUCCAUCAACUCAAAGUGCCCUUACGUGGCUCAUCGUUGUGACUCUUAUCAGCACUUUCUGCAGGGCCGCUGUUUCUCCUGUCAUGGUUCUAAUGCCAGUGAAUGUGCAGUGAUGGGACUGAGAGCAGACGAAAUGCUAAGCAAUUCCCUUGACAAUGGGGAACUCGUCCCUGGAGGAAAGUAUUUCAUCACUACAGGAAAAGAUUUCCCAUAUUGCCGUCGUCACUAUAAGGUGACGAUAGAUUUGGCUAAACCACCACGAGCUGAAAAUUGGGUUCAGGGCUUCAUGAGAAUAUCACUACACAGUGACACGGGUAUCAUUCGAAACCUGGACCUCACGCCAAGUGGUUAUGUUAAACUACAGCAUGGACAGUCUCGCAGCUUUGUGGUGACGCAUCCUACUGACUUAGGGAAGGUCCACAAGGUAGAGUUCUACUGGGAGUACGACAUGGACGUUCUGCAGCCUCGCUCGCUCUGCUUCUUCUGGUGCAACGAUCAUCUCUAUGUUUCUAAUAUUCAGGUCACAGAAAUGGAUGUGACAACAAGAGGGAAGAGGGCAACAGCAGAUGUAAUGAGCAAACUCUGCGGUCCAGGAAAUCGGGAAUAUAUGGACAUCGCUUCAAGGUCAUCAGCGUCUUUCUAUGAUAACUGUCCAUAGCACGACUGAGCACAUGUUACAGUUCCUGAAACAUUCAGUGAAAUUGGUUUUCAGACGCUCCCAGUAAAAUCUGAAUUGUGACAUAAAUUAAUCAGUGUAUGUAAAUUGUAACUGUGCGUUACAAGGUUUUCUUUUCAACUUGGUUGCCAUUGACAACCGUUAUCGUGGCUGUGCAGAGGCAAUGAACGUUGAACUUCCCGACGUUCCGUCCUAGUAUUCAUGAUGCUCUCCUCGGGUUCCAGAGCCUGGGGAAGAGCAUGAUCUGGUAUGGGCAGUUCUAGUCCAACUUCUGACCUCCGUCUCAUCACUCAGAUGAUACUAUAGACUACAUUAGUCCUUCGUGACAAGAGAUCUGUUGAUAUAAAACAAAUGGCCGGGCGAUGAACGAAGUGCAUGAAGUAGAAUAACCUUAAGCAUGACUGUGCAGUACGGCAUCAGAUUGUGAUUAUUAAUUACAGUUUGUUGGAUAGUCCGAAAAGCAAAGCAGUUGUUGCAUGCUUUCUCUUCAAGACAUUGU